UGCACCUGCCGGACACGAGGCGCGCAAGCGCUCAGGUGCUACGAAGCAGCUCGCACGGAGGUAAAACGGCGCGCGGUCGAGCUUUCGUAGUCGGCAUCGGCCAUCCGCGACGCGAACUUUCACCCGGACGGUGGUCCCGCGUGCGCGUCGCGCGGCGCCAUUUACGAAGUUGUCGCACACGCGUCUCCCUCGCGUAAUGCGUCUGGCCUGGUAAGAGAGAGAGAGGAGAGAGGAGAGAGAGAGAGAAAGAGAGAGAGAGAGAGAGAGGACACACGACGGUGACGCAGCGCGGACAGAGAAGCCUUUCUCUCGGGAUAUACCCGCGCACGAGGCAUACGCAGUGCGGCAGCAAAAGCGGAUAUAGGAAAAGAGAGGAUGCGCUACGUCUGAGCGGAAGUGCAGUUCAACCGGAGAGAGUUCCGGCUCGUCUUCGACGAGGACGUGAUCGCGUGUCGCUCUCGCUCAGUGCAGUUUGCCCGCGACGAGAUGAUGGGGAUUGACUGGAAGUGCUGAAGAUCGCAACACACGUGGAUCAGACGGGACCGGCACGCGCGAUGUCGUCUGGCCUUCGCGGGCGGCCCCGCGGCAGCGAAUUAAAAUCGCGUCGCGCCAGCGAGUGGCGAGAUUGACUUCAUCAGUCCCUGUGGAUUGCGCCCACGACGGGCAGACUCUCGCGCGCGCGCGCGCGCGCGCGUACCCGCGAAUGGAACAACUGUUCGGGCAAGUGAAAAGUGCGGCCGACGACAACGACGACGACGACGACAAGCGGCGCCUCUAAUUUUCAUUCCGCCAGCCGCUCGAUCGCGCGCGUUCGCGCUCGCGCUCGCGCUCGCGCGCGGCCGAUGAAAUCAGCGGGCCGGAGUUUCGAUGCUGUCCCCGGAAUUGCGGCGAGCCGCUCUUAACCCGGAUAGUGCCGCGAAGGACGAAGAGGACGAGGUGGAGGAGAGUCGCCGGCUACGACGCGGCUACGACGUCGCGGGGACGAAGCCGGGCGAUAAUCGCGCCAAGCCGAGCCGGCGGAUCCGCAGAGGGUGCGCGAGAGCGCCGAGCGAUGGAUUUUGCGCUGCUGCUGCUCGUGAUGCUGCUGAGGCAAGAGGUCGCUGCUCUGAAGCUACUUCACGUAAAUGUCCCGGCGUACACCCUCAGGGGCAACGAGGCGACUCUGGAAUGCAGGUACGAUCUGGAGGCAGAGACGCUCUAUACCAUCUCAUGGUACAAGGACAACGAGGAAUUCUACAGAUACAUACCCAAAGCGGAGCUCACCAAGCACAGCUAUCCCGUCGAAGGUGUUAAAGUUGACCAUCGAAAGUCGGAUCGCGGCAAGGUGGUGCUGCAGGACGCGAAUCUCCACACCAGCGGCAAAUACAAGUGCGAAGUUAGCGCGGAGGCGCCCAACUUCCACUCAGUUAACGGCGAGGCGAACAUGGAGGUCAUAGCUCUGCCGCAGGAGAGACCGACGAUAACCGGCGAGGAGAAGGUGUACGCGAGCGGGGACGUGCUCGCGCUGAAUUGCACCAGCGGCAAGUCUCAUCCAGCCGCGCGACUAAAAUGGUUCGUUAAUGGCCAGCAGGUGAACUCCGAUUCGGAAACGGUGCUCGAGCAACACGGACUGCUGUCGACGACAUCGAGUCUGCUGCUCGAACUAAAACCAGGUCAUCUCGCCAGCGACAAGAUAAACGUCAGGUGCGAGGCGACGGUGCGAUCGAGCCACGACACCGACGAUCGUCGACGCGUCGAGCCAUUCGUCGACACGCGCACCACCGAGGUCUUCGUUCAAGGUCACGCCAGCCUCGCGACACCCUCGCUAUGUCUGCUAAUGGUGGCUACGUUGCUGCAGCUGUUCCUCCCGCGAACGGUGUAGGUGUUGUCGACGCGACCGCGCCGUCAGGACGACUCUGGCCCGACGGGAGAACAGGGGGAAGACGGACCACGACGGAGGGGAACGAACGGCGAGAGGCGACGGAUGUUUCGUAACCAAAGACAAUCAUACCUUAAUGCGGAGCGAAACGCCACGGCAAAUCGCUCGAGACGCGACGGGAGACGGGUCUAUCGGUCGCAAUGUCGCAAUGUCGCCGCUGGCGGCAGCGUGUUCCAGCGAUUUGCUCGUCUCCUCGCACGGCGAAGGAACAAACGAACGAACUGAUCUCGCCGUUGAUCUCGACUAAUACUUGUCCCCCGCUUCCCCGGCACGCGUAAUCCUAGAUAGUUCAAUUAAUCGCGAAGAGAAGCACGCGAUCAUCCCCAUUCGCCCUCCUCUCCCAAGAGAAAAAAUAAAAUAAAAUACGGACGCCAGCGCGAAGUUCUCGCACGUACGAGGAACUCUUCCUCGGCGCUCGUCGAUUCCGCCGGAGUCGAUAUCCGCGUCGUUAGUCGUGAAACAAAUCCGAAUCGGUGGUUCAAACUCCCGGCGACGCGAGGGCUGAACUUUUCGAACUUUGCGUCUUAGUGAUAUACUUGGGGAAUGAACUGAUUAUACUAAUUUUAGCCGGCCGGUUAUUGCGGAAAGUUUGGACCGUCAUAAAAAGGGGCUUUGCGGGCGCGCGCGCAGCAGUGUAAAAUUACCGUAUAUUCGAGAGCGGAUUCGGGGGAUUAAACGCCAUUAACAAAUCAUGUUAAUGGAUUAAAUCUCGAGGCCGAAAUCGUAUUAUUGUUCGCAUUAACGAGUGUUCAUUGAAAAUUCGCGGGGAAAAAAGGACGUGAAACGACAAUCCCCGCUUCCUUCGCGAGUUUGAGCCCCGGCGAGGCUUCCUCGCCUCUUCCACGUUUUUUCGCGGUUUCCGUUCGCGAUGAUUCGAUAAAGCGGCAGCAAAGAGGGGAGUAGCAACGUACGAACGGUCGGAGAAAGGGGCAUGAAAAAUGUGAUGUUUCGCCGAAGUUAGAGAGAAUACGAGUCAGAGUACCUCAUGCAUCGUCAUCGGAAACGAGCCUGGCCAACGAUGUCGCGAUCCUCUGUCGUUGCGUCUUUAUCCGAGGAUAAAGAAAGACGCGAGAAUUCUACGAUGUAUACGAUCCGGAGAAAAACGUCUCGGUGAAUUAGCUUUAAAGAGCGGACCGGAGCAACUUUCCGCGCGAGGCACCAACAACAACAAUCACGUCGCGAUUCCUCCUCGCAAACACAAACAUCCGCAAAAUUCGCACAACAGAGAUAGAUCCGUUUACCGUAAGCGUCGGGGUCGUUGUACCUCCGGAAUCUGGGAGCUUAUUCACUCACUCAUUCACUCACUCACUCUCUCUCUCUCUCUCUCUC